AUAUGUGGCUCUCCUUUCUCCAUCCAAACCAAAUCAACACCCAAACCUCGUCCACACCAACAAUGUUCAACACAAAAUCAAAACCACAAACACUCAAUUUCUCCUUCUCCCUACCAUUAACAUCAAAUCAGUGAGAAAGAGAGAAGCCAAAGCUGAUUUCUAUGGCUACUGCUUCGCUUUCUGCAAAUCAAGGAUUACUCGGAACUUCCUUCUGUGGAGGUUGGGGAAACUCAAUCUCCGGCGACGAUUACCACAACAUGCUCGCCAAAACCUCUGCGCCACCGCAACAAGCUCGAGUCUCAAGAAAACCCAUCAGAGUACAGCCGAUGAUGAAGAAUGUCAAUGAAGGCAAAGGUUUAUUUGCUCCUCUCGUUGUUGUCACUCGCAACGUAGUAGGCAAGAAGAGGUUUAAUCAGCUUAGAGGCAAAGCUAUUGCUUUACACUCUCAGGUGAUUACUGAGUUCUGUAAAUCGAUAGGAGCUGAUGCGAAACAGAGACAAGGAUUGAUUAGGCUUGCUAAGAAGAAUGGAGAGAGGCUUGGCUUCCUCGCUUGAUUUUCAUCAUCUGCUCUUGUCUGUAUACAAUCCUCUUUCUUGUUGUUCUUGUCUAGAUGUAUUUUGUCCAAAACGUAUAAUCUUUGAAACAGAAACUGCCACUCUCGUUCUGAAAAAUUGUGUGCAUCACUACUCUUAAA